AUGACCGAGUGGUUACACAAUUGGCACCAAAAUGGCUACAAGAAUAUGAAUGGCAGGGAUCUGCUCAACAAAGUGCACAUUCAGGCACUCGAGCGAGAGAUGCAAGCAAUGGAUAAUAAAGUACCCGGACAUCGAGGAAUCCAUGGCAAUGAUAUGGCCCACCUAUUGGCCAACGAGGGCGCCCGUAUGCACUGACUGCCUGUCCCACGGUCUCAACUAUUUGUGCCAAUCAUACACAUGUGU